GGAGCUAAGAGAGAAGCCUAUACAGUAUAUGCUACACAUUGCAGAUUCGCAAUCGCAUGAACAUUGCAAUUGCUAUUCCUGAGGGACACUGACUGCACUUACGAGCACACACAACCCUCACCAGUGAUGCCUCCCCGCAACGAGAUUGAAAACUCUCCGUUUGAGUCACCUCGACUUUAGAAUGGUGCAGAAAAAUGUUAACGGUGGGGUUUACCCAACUCAAGCCGGAGAGAAGAAGCACAAAGUCGGCUUUGUAGGAUUGGACCCCGGGGCUCCAGAAUCAAGCAGGGACGGGGCGCAGCUGAUUGCGGGCUCGGAAAGCACAAAGCGGACCAGUAUCCUAUGCAGACGGAGAUCCAGUGCAGUAAGAGGUGGGAGAACGCCGAAGAAAAACCCCAGCUAUAGGAAACUACAGAAUUUUCUAUAUAAUGCACUUGAAAGACCCCGGGGAUGGGCGUUUAUUUACCACGCUUAUGUCUUCCUGUUGGUGUUUUCCUGUCUCAUCCUCUCUGUUUUCGCUACCAUCAACGAGUUCAAGAACAGCUCCGAGACUGCCUUGUACAUUCUGGAAGUAGUGACCAUCGUGGUGUUUGGAGUUGAGUACAUCGUGAGGAUAUGGGCUGCGGGCUGCUGCUGUCGCUACAGAGGAUGGAGGGGAAGGCUGAAAUUCGCCCGCAAGCCUUUCUGUGUUAUCGACAUCAUGGUCUUGAUAGCGUCUGUGUCGGUGCUGGCUGCUGGCUCCCAAGGGAACGUCUUCGCCACCUCUGCCAUCCGCAGUCUUCGUUUCCUGCAGAUCCUCCGCAUGCUACGGAUGGACCGGCGCGGGGGCACCUGGAAACUUCUAGGAUCAGUGGUCUAUGCCCACAGCAAGGAACUUAUCACUGCUUGGUACAUAGGCUUUCUCUGUCUCAUCCUGGCUAGUUUCCUUGUGUACUCGGUCGAGAAAGAUGAAAACGACAUGUUUGAGACCUAUGCUGAUGCCCUGUGGUGGGGGCUGAUCACCCUGACUACCAUAGGCUAUGGGGAUAAGUUCCCAAAGACCUGGAAUGGACGUCUGCUGGCUUCAAUGUUCAGUAUGAUAGGAGUGGCUUUCUUUGCGCUCCCAGCUGGUAUCCUGGGGUCUGGUUUUGCCCUGAAGGUCCAGGAGCAGCACAGACAGAAGCAUUUUGAGAAGCGACGCCAACCUGCUGCUGGUCUAAUACAGAAUGCUUGGCGAUUUUAUGCUACGAAUCUCGCUCGGACUGAUCUGCUGUCGACGUGGGAUUUUUAUGAGGAGAAUGUUUCUCUCCCGAUGUACAGACUCAUACCCCCCCUCAAUCAACUGGACCUCCUGAGGAAUCUGAAGGCCAAAUCCUUCAGCAGGAAGGACUCUCAGACAGAAGCCUCCCCCAGUUUUGCCCAUUCACACAAAGAUGACAUGCUUUGUGGGUGCUGCCCGAGAACCUAUAGCCGGAAGCCUAGCCUAAAAGACAAGGUGUAUCCUAGUCCUUCCAAGAUGGCUGGGGCCACAGGGAGGUCCCAGUCCCCUGGGCCUGAAGACGGGGCAGAGGGAGGGCCGAGCUGGAGCUUCACUGACCGGGCCCAAGGGGCCAUGCAUGCUUUCCGUGCCAGGGGCAGCACCUCGCGCCAAAACUCAGAGGUGCUGAUUGAAAUGCAGGAUGAAGACUUUGGACUGAAGAGUUCUCCAGCAAUUGAGGGGUUAAUAAAGGCUUGCCUCCCCGGGGAGGACAUUGGGGACGAUAAGAGCUGUCACUGUGAAUUCCUUCAAGAUUUAUCUCCUGGGUUGAAGGUCACAAUCAGGGCGAUAAUCAUCAUGAGGUUUCUGGUGUCAAAGAGGAGGUUUAAGGAGAGCCUACGGCCAUACGACGUGAUGGAUGUGAUCGAGCAGUACUCCGCAGGCCACUUGGACAUGCUGAGUCGGAUUAAGCAACUACAGUCCAGAGUGGACCAGAUUGUUGGUAAAGGUCCUCCAGAUAAAGGUGCCAAAGGUGGAGGUGACGGGGAGAAAGAGGAGGAGGACCCCAGCAUGAUGGGACGUCUGGUUAAAGUGGAGAAACGGGUGGGCUCCAUGGACAGAAAGCUGGAUUUCCUGGUCAACGUGUAUGUGCAGCGCAUGGGCAUCCCGCGCUCCGAGACAGAGGCCUAUUUCAACUCCAAGGAGGCCUACCCGGCGCCCCCUUAUGUUAGCCCCGAGGAUAGCAAGAAGGAGAAGGAGAAGCAGGAGCAGGAAAAGAAGGUGAAAGAAGAGAAGGAAGAGAAGAGCUGCUCCGCCGCCGAGGUCCUCCGCUCCAUGGGCUCCGUGGAGAAGAAGAAGUGCUCCCCAGAGCCCAGGUCUUUGGGCACGCCCUCCGGCAGCCGCAGCCGCCCCUGCACCUCCUGGGAGCACCAGCUGCAGCACCCCCUCAGCCAGCCCGCCUGGAACAGCAGUGUGGCCAACACCCCCUCACCUGUAGGGGGGGGCAGCGGAGAACCCUCCCCCUCCCUGUUCCUCCUGCCACCCCCUCCCCCGCCCAUCCACGAGCGCUCCUCCUGGGCAGGAGGGGGCAGUAGCCGGGAAGGCUCUUCCCAGGGCAGGAAGCGCAACAGGAGGCAGAGGCGUCAGCCAGACGUGGCCCCGCUGCCCGCCGCUGAGAGUGACACGUCCCUGUCCAUCCCAUCAGUGGACCAUGAGGAGCUGGAGCGCUCCUUCAGUGGGUUCAGCAUCUCCCAGGCCAAGGAGGACUUUUUUGGGGCAUCGUUCUUCAAUGGGGCGGCAGGGGCGGUGGCAGAAACGGGAGCAGGGGCAUCGCUCUGCGCCAGGGUUAGACCCUUCAUUGCGGAGGGUGAAUCAGACACAGACUCUGACCUGUACACCCCUGGUGCCCCCUCACCCCUCUCCUUCAGCGGUGAGGGGGCAGGGGGGUAUGGAGACAGAGUCUGGCCGCCUCUCAAGUAGGCUAGGAUUAGAAUUACUGGCCCUUAGAGAAUGAGCUGGGAUGGAUUGAGAUAUGAGGGAAUGAUUAAGAAGAUUGCAAAUGUUAACACUUGUCACUGAUACUUUCACAAACAAAAAAUGGCCCAAUUGAAUCUGUCUUGUGUGAUUGUAUGUGUAUGACAUUGAGGUAUUCAGAGUUGUUUUAGAUAGGGUGUGCAAUCACCCGAAUGCUUGAUUUGAUGCUUUUCAUUUGAACUAAAGCUGAUAAGUUAAAAGAUGAACAUCUCCUGCGCUUUCUGAACACUCAGUGAUUUCUCUGGACCAAAAAACGUGGGGAGAUAUUGGAAGAUAUGUCAAUACAGUAGCCCAACAGUAGGCUAUACCUACAAGUCACCUACUGUAUGUUUAGGUUAUGCUGAAAACGAUCACUGCCUUGUGUUGGUUUUAUUCCAGUAUGACACCAUUUUAUUAGAAUGUAAUUGUUGCUAAUUUUUUUCCAUUAUGAAUACGGCGCUCAGUUAAAUCAGUGGCAUCAGUAUAUUAUUUAAUAAUGACUUUUUGCGGCAAACUCAAUAUAAUUCUACAGGCCCAACUAAUGUGUUGAUGGGUUGUGUGCUGUGGUUUAUGUAUGGUAGUCCUUGGUAGAAAACAUUAUUGGAAACAAAUUAUAGGAGAAUAGAUGCAGCUGCACAACCCUCCCUAAGCAUAUGGUCUUAAACAAAGUGCGGACUCCUGGAAAUGCAUGCCUUAAUGAGUUCUGCAAAGUAAUAUACAAUGCACAGUUCUAGACUCACUUUUAUUUAACAGCAAGAUGACAGAGCAAGAUGACAAGAUUCACAUGACAUGAUUUCUAAGUUGUUGUAGAACUAAGACACAAGCUAGUAGAUAUGCUUUAUACUUUUGAGUUUUUCAGCAAUAAUAUCUUACACUGGUGUCUCUUAAAUAUGUAAAAAAGUCCAUUUUGAGAGAAAAUAACUGCACAUAAAUAUGCAUAAUAAAUAAACUGCAUGGCAUGUACAGCAGAACAAUUGCUUUAGAUUGAAAAUGUAUGACUAUGGCAAAUAGGAACCAAACUAAAACACAUUCCUCAACCAUUCCACAGAUGAUCGACAAAGUGGGCAGAACAGGAAAAUAAAACCAAGCAACAAUGCAUGACUGACUUCAACUUAAAUAUAUAAGUAAUGGGGCUAAGAAUUUGGAACAUUUCUAUAAAUGCAGUCUUGCUUGCAAAUGUUUGUCUCUUUUCAGGCAGAUUAUCAGAUUCAUUCAAAGAAUAUGCACACUUUAGUAGUUGCUAGUUAUAAGUUCAUGGCACUGAAUGAGACCGAAGAAAACAUGCAUUUGAAUGUUACCCCAAUGCACUAACUCACACAUUUUCUAUAUGUUGUUCUUCAGUUUCAUGUUCAUAAUUCAAAUUAAGAAAAGAGAGCAGAACUAGAAAUGCAAUUUAAAAAAAGGUAAGAAUAAGCAGGCAAGCAUUGUCAAUAUGUUUAGUAGCAUCAGAGGUCCAUCAUCAAAGCCUUAAUUACUUUCCCCAACUGAGACUUAAAUGUUACUGUCAGAACCACCAUUUUGCCUUUUUUGUCCAUUACAUUACAUGAAGCCAAAAUACUGCAAAGUCUAAACCACUAUACAAGGCACUGUUCACAACUAUAGAUAAAAGAGCAAUGUUAUUUGUCCAAAUAUAUGCUUGAUGGAAUGUUACAACCCAAAGAAAUUACCACAGCUUUUACAUCUGUAAUAUCUGUAGUUAUGUACCUGCAUUGACAAAAAUAAACUUUGUACAUCACUGG